CUCCCAUUACGACGCGGACUCUCGCGGCAGGUGCACCAACCUAAGUGCCACUCCGCUUACCUGUGUGUCGUGCCUACCAAGCCAGCGUGUCCGGUGGUCAGGUUCUCUUCCCUCUCUCUUUCUUUCUCUCUCUCUUUCUUUUUCUCUCUUCUUUUUACCUCUUCUCUUUUCUUUAUAUAUUCCUUCACCCUUUCUCUCCCGCCGCGUGUGUCUCCUCUUCUCACCCCCUACCAAGCUUCGUCCUUCUCCCUCUGUCUCCGUCUGUCCCCUUCGACGUCGCCUCACGCAGCAGUGCGGUGUUGUAGUGUCGUGUCAUCCUGCGCUACGUCAACGAUCCUCCCGAACGUGUGGAGGCAACGAUCGAUCGAUCGCGUAUCCUCUCUCUGACUGUCCGUCGCUACCGGGUCGUCGCCGUCGUCGUAAAGGUGACGCGUCCUCCGACAAAGUCUUCUAGGGACGCGAAGCUUCUAAAACGUUUGUGAGAAAGAGAGAGAGAGAGAGAGAAAGAGUGUGUGCGAGAGAGAAAGACACUGUCUAACGUCCUUGGCUCGUCGGAUGUUCGUACGAGAAGAUUUGUAAUAUAGAGGACAGAGAGGAAGAAGGAGACACGAUUCGGUUCUAGCCAAGGUCCGCGGUCGUGUGUAAACAAUCGUGGAAACUGGAAACUCGAAGGCACUCGGGGAAGCGGCGAGGAGCGUUCGAGAGGUGUUCGCCACGCGACAGUAGACCAGUACGAGACCGCGUCAGUCGAGGGUCGGACGACGAUCGUCGACGAUCGCCGACGCGGAGGAUCGCCGGAGUUUUGCGCGAGUGUCGAUACAGUGUUCCGAGAGGAUCGGUGAACGACGAGCCUCUCGUUUAAACAAGGAGGAAGACGAGACUAACCCUCCACUCGUGUGACUGUGUGCCGAGUAAGAGGAAGGAGGGGACAGUGAAGGUGUCAAACGUCCGCGACUCCUCAUUGACAUUUCCGUGACAUUUAGUGCGCGACCGCGCGGUAGACGCGACGAUUCGAGGCGACGCGACGCGACGCGACGGUGCUUUUCGUGUAACACGCGUGCAACAUCGUUAUGCCGUACUGUCCCUCUGCUCUCACGAACACGACCACUGUCCUCUGGUAGCAAGGCCAGAGCGAAUCCACGUCGCGCCGAUGACGGAUCGUCGUUCGUGCUUUAUCGUCACAAAUUUCUUAUCUACGUUUAACUGUUUAAUGAAAUUGAUCGCUGGACGUGCAAUCGUUCGAUAAAGGCCGGCUCGACGAUCUUUCGCGUUCGUUUGCGACCCGUGCACAGCCAAGUGAUCGUUUCGGUGCCGGUGGCAUGAUCCUUGUCGGACUUGUGCGUUUGCGCGUGCUGCAGAUUUGACGUUCAACAGGUGGUUUGGGUAUCGCCAACGUGGACGAGCUGGAAACGUUGAAAGCUUGACGAACUCGAGCUAACUCGCGCGUACACCGAUCGAGGCGAUUGAGUCUCGUUGAACAGAAAAGGGGGUUGAUCGUUGAUUGCAAGGGAAGCUGUUCGUGUCGGAAAUCAAACUGGACAUACUCACCGCUACGUCGGGGCGUACGGAGUGGAGAUGUCCGCGGGUCGCUGAGAGAAUGAGGGAGCUGGACACCGAGAGCCCUGUUGUCUGGCCGGCCUGGUGUUACACUGGUGAGGUAUCAGGUGAGAACGUGUCUGCAAGCUCUGGACCACGUGGCGGCGAUCGUGGAGAGGCGACCGAUUUAGGCACACACACGGAAAAUACCGACGGGGCCACCCUGGCCGCGAAUACAGCGGUCGACGCCAGGGGCGGAAGCCCCCAGGGUGCCCACCUUUCCGGUGCGGCCACCCCCAGACCGCCAAGAGGAAGGAGGCGACAGAAUCAGAAUGGUCUCGACACUACUCAAGUUAAAACAGAACGCCUUACACCAGACAAUAAUUCUACGUCGUCGAGGAGCGUGACGCCCUCAUCCUCCAGCCACCCAGGAACGCCGCCAAAUGCUACCCCCUUGGGUGGACCCGAGGGCCCACCACCACCCCAUCACCUCAAACACAUGGAGCAGAUGAUGGGACGAAAUUAUAGCGAUUUUAUGAGAAGCCUCGCUGCCAAGUACAAUAACGCCAACCCUAAUGACUACUUCAGUUCACCAAGGAACGGCUAUCCUCCAGGCUUAGAUCCGAGGUUCCCAGGAUUCAAAACUGGCGCCACACCCUUCGUCGGUUUGAUGGCCCCGUUGGGUGCACCGCAACCGUCAACCGUGUCCACCACCUCACCCCUUUCCAAUAAGGAUCCGAAAGAGCAGAAACAAGACAGUUUGUUCGGCAACCCCGUGUUCCCACCCAUGUUAGAUAUGUCGUCGACGCAAGCGCUAUUGCACAUGGUGAGGACUGCAAAUGCAGCACAGAAUGCAGCAGAAUUGGAAACGUACCUCAAAGGUGCGAACAAAAGAGACGCGGGUGUAACGAGUCCUCUGGAUCUCUCGAGUCCAGGUGGAUUUGCUCCGCGGAAGAGGCAGAGGACGGAAACCAGGAGAUCGGGAAGCGUUUCUCCGAAGCCGAAACCAACCCCUCGGCCUACCACACCACCCCCAGUCAGGUGUCCAUCCCUGUGUGGUCACAUGCCCUGCGGUGAUGGACAAGCUGUCAAUCGAUGGACCAUCGAGGACGUCGUCAAUUACGUAUCGUCGAUCGAUAUUUGCGCAGAGUACGCACAGGUAAGAAAAUUAUCCACGCCAUACCGCAAUGCCUUCUCCGGUGCCAAGAAUUUCCGCGAGCACCGGAUCGAUGGAGCGGCAUUGCCCCUUCUCUCGGAGGAUCAUUUAACCGGGCCUAUGGGAAUGAAGCUAGGUCCAGCCCUGAAGCUUCGCGCGCUGUUAGCCCGGAAGCUGGGCGCUUGCACGGUCUGUUUGCACUGUGCACACUGCCAUCAGACACCUUUGCCGGCAUUGAACGCGGCCGCGGCUGCGGCAGCCGCGUCGCAACAGCAACACCAGCAGCAACCGCAGCAACAACAGUUGCCUGGAAGGCGGCCGAGCAGCACAGGAAACUGACAAACAAUGGCGGAGACUCCUCUGGGCCCGGAGGGCACGGUCACGCCCUCCACGGACCCGAACAGGGCCCUCAGGAUAGAACGGCGCGUAUCACGUCCCAUACGCAAGCCGGAAGUCGUCUUCAAGAAGCCCAUCAAACAGUGACGCGGACUACGCGACAGCGCGUUCACGUGACCGCGGACGCUGUGGAGUUCCGGAGGCUCCGCCUUGUCCUUCAUGUUAUAUUCCUUUUUCCUUGGACGUUCGACAACGAGAAAGAGUUUCGUAUAUAUACAUAUGUAUAUGUAUAUUAUGAGAGAGAGAGAGAGAGAGAGAGAGAGAGAGAGAGAAAGAGAGAGUACCUGGAGAAAAAUUGCUCCGUCUCGGAGGCGAAAUUUCACUUUGCUGCGUUGUACUUACUUAUAGAUGACUGGCUCGUGGAAUCGGGUGAAAUCGUGCGUGGGAGUAGGUGACUCUUCGAGAAAGAUAUCGAGGAUUGGGAAUGCGAAGGUUGAGUAGCCAGAGGACUUAGUUUUUUACGUUGAUUCGAUGUAGAGUUUCAAAAGUGGAUAAGAAGUUUGUAGAGGAUUCGUUGUUCUUUUACUUUUUGGGAUGAAAAUGGUAUUUCAUUUUUUACUUAAUUUUUCACAGAAUCCUCGUCGCUACGUACGUAUAUAGAUGCAAUUUCGUAUGGACUCUCUUUUACCGUUCCUAUUCAUAUAACGUUGUUCCGACGAAUAUAGUGCGCGAUUUUGAUGUAACGAAAUCACAUCUUCAGAUAUUUAAAUCGUUAGACUGUGAGCUUUAUCUACAUCCAAAUCUUUAUAGCUUUGAACUACAACGAUUAUUAUAAAGAAGAAACAUAAAGGAAGCGUAAUGAGUAGACAUCGUUUAGUAAACUUCUUAUCCGCACGUUGAUCCGAAAGCUCGGCAAACCAUCGAAUUUAAGAUGAAAUUCUCGAUCGACGAUUACCAUAUCCUUUAAAUCCAUUAAAUCGUAAACCUUUAGGAUGAUUGCCAGUGCCUGAAACAAGAAUACUUGUCCAGAGAAUCUGGGCAGCCCGAUUCACAGUUUCAUUCGUGAAAUCCUCCAACGGUGCGAUUCUCUUUAAUUUGUAAUUCCUUUGUCCGGUUCUUAAGAGACUCGUACCGCUGGUCAUGCUAACAGAUUCUCUUCGACGAGCAGGAAGUGGAGGGUGACUAACAAGUGUUAGCAUUCUCGCGUUCUGCCGCUUGUAAAUUAGAAAUAGACACGCGAUGAGCAUAAAAGAGAUGACGCUGCGUGAUAAUCAAAUUAAUUGGGAUAGUAAUUAGCGAUUAGAGCGCUUGGUUUGCGUGCUUAUUCAAAUUACAUCCUUCGGUUGGGGAAAAAAAGAAAAGAAUGGCCAACCGGAAGCAACAUGUUCGAUUCUUCGUGAGCAAUUAACGUGUCAGGAUUUCAAGAUCGGUUUCACGCGGAACUAAUAGCCUCGAAAUCUCCGGAAUAUCGACUUAGCGAUGGAAAUUAAAGUUUUAGAAUGAUUAAAGCGCGAAUUAAUGUACAUUCUGCGAGAUCAACGAAACGAGUGCCUCUAUCUUUAAAAAGUCUUCCACAAGGCUAGCCUUUCUUAGAUGAACGAAAUAAUAGAGACAAUUGGCAAUUUUUAACGUCAGUUAGAAAUUCGUAAUGCUCAUCGAUGCUGCUCUUUGUUACCUGAAAUUGAAGCUUUCGAGCGAGAAAGAUUCACUGUACUGAGAAAAAUUAUUCGAGUUCUGUUGUACGAUAAAUUUGUAGAUUAGAAAUCAAGCAGGUACAUUGAUUUGCUUCUCUCUGAAAUAUAAAAUGUCCUCGUAAUAUUCGCAACAUCUUUCAAUUGAAUUUGAAUACUAUACAAGGGAUGAAAUGUUAUGUUAAAGAUAAGAUAAUUCUGCGAUACUACGUACAAUUUCAUUAAUGCAAAGCAUUAGAAAAUGUCUUUUGGAUAACAGAAAUUGUAAAUGUAUUAUAAGUAAUGAAGUUAGAAGCAUUGGAAGCGACGAUAGUCAUCCAAGAUGAACUCGAAUAAUUUGGCGGAAACACCGAGUCCGACAAACACAGAUCGUAAAGCGUCGAGCGACGAUUCUAAUCUUCAUCGUCGUGUGAAGAAUUAAAAUCGUGAACGACGAUAAGAAGUAAAAAGGAAAUAUUAAAUAAGUACAUACCGCAGUAGGUAUAAUAUAUCGAACGAACUAAGUGAACAAUUUGUUGUUUAGUGAGAGCGUGUGAAAAACGAAUGAGUGAAACAGUUGUACGAACGAGAGGGUGAGCGAGAGAGAAAGUAUGCUAAGAUGAAAAAAUGAAAAAGAGACAACACUUUAUUAGCGAAGAAAUAAAGAAAAAGGAAAGGAAAGAAGAAUUUAUGUGCAAUAACGACGAAAGGGAACGUUUCUUCGACACGGUACUUAUAUCUAGCUGUACGAUAGGAUGAUACGUAUUUGCUCAAAUCGUUGUUUCUUUUAUAUAUUUUAACAAAGUUUUUAUAUGAAUGAAUUAUAAAUGAUAAAAUAUACUAAAUUAUAUUUUUGCUAACGUUCUACGUGCAAACCACACGGAGAAAAUCCACGAGCGGGUAACAUUCAUAUACCUAUAAUGAAUAUGUAUACGUAACGCACACAAACGCAUACAUACACGCAUAGACACGACAUUACAGAAACACGAGAAUACAAAUUAGAAGCCGAUACGUUGGAAAUCGAUAUAGAUUUACGAGAUGGACGGACCCGUAAAUAUAAUUUAGGGAAAACAUUGUAAAUUAAUCUUCUCCCUCUCUUAUUUACAACGUUUAACGUUUAUUUAUUUAGCAGUAAACCCGUUGCCUUAUUGUAUUCAUGUAAUAACAAUUUAGUCGUAAAUAGAAAGAGAGAUAUUUCUUAGACGAGCGAGUCGCCCAGCACGAUUGUUAGAAUGGAAGAGUUGAUAAGUCGUGAGACGAGCAGUAUUUUUAGAUUUACAUUAGCCUGAAUUUACUGCAGACUAUUAUACGUUUAUAAAUAUUAUGUAUACAUACACUUAUACGCGCGUUCUCGCGCACAGUACAUCUGCUCGUACUUCCAGCUUUCGGUAAAUCCGUCAUCCUUUACAUACUUUGACCGUUACGUGUUAGUAGUACGUUAACAAUUUAGUAAAACAAUUAAUGGCAUAUAUCGGACGAGGUAUAGAACACAGAUUAAAAUUAAACAAUCUGUCCCAAAUCUAACUCGAACUGUUAUGGUUACCUGCGACCCAAAGAUGUUCCACUUUUGAGAGUUAAUUUUCAAUUCUUAGUUGUUUCCUUUCAUUCGUUCUUAUCAAACAAGUACCAGGUUUCUCGAAAAUUUUAUUAUAUUGAUCAGACUAUCUGCUAAACAUUUUGAAAAAUGAAUGAACAGAAGGUUGGACGACACGAGCGGACAUUAACCGAGCUAGCGGCUUUUACUUAAAACGAGAUCAUUGUACAUAAUGCUUAAGCAUUUAUUUAUAUCGUGCUUUUACAGAAGAAGGACCCGUAGUAUUUUAUUUAGUUUCGUAGCAGAGGUUCAUGCACAUCAUUACCGCGUUAGCACGAGAUCGUUAAAUUGUCGGGCAACAGGAUCGUUUUGGGGUGCGAACGGACAUACAAGUAGCGAGCUACGUGAUACGUGUGUUUGUGUUUGCUGGAGAUAGAAGAAAGCGGAUAUAGAAAGGAGAUGAUAUACAGAAAGGAAAAGUAUGAGAGGAAAUUCGUAUGCAUAUCGACUUAUUUAAAAAAUAUAAAUGAGAGAAUAUAUGUACAGAAUGAGGCGAGUAUGCUGGAGAAAAAGAGGGAUAAAGAAGCGGGCGAUAAGGCAAUCUUGUGAUACUUCGAUGAUUUUAUUUUCCACCUAUCUUUUUUUUCUUCUUUCACCCUUCGUUUCCUUCUGCAAUUUAUUUCCGCGUCCAAUCAUUACCAUUUCCCCAUGAAAAACUUCCUUCCGACAUCCCCUUUUUUAUUUCUCCAUCGCGAGCCUGUCGUGUAUUAUUUUACUGAUUAACUGUCAUAUUAUGUAUAGUAGAAAUUAAUGGUGAAAAGAGAACAAGAACAGUACAUUGUUUCUGUUAAAAUAAACCUUGUUGAAAAAUA